AUGCCCACAUCCAUCUCCCCUUCUCCUGUCGUCACGACCGGACAAGCGCCUCUCCAGCCGUCGCCCAGCCCUCCUCCAUUCGACCUUAAAGCCCUGCACAAUCCCGAGCACAGCACUGUAGUUCUCGCCCUUGAUGGCGACCUCAAAGACGAACAACAACAGCAACAAACCAGUGCUCUUGCAGCCAUGAAGAAGCUCCAACGCGCUUGUCUCUGCUCCUUCCUCUUCAUGUGCGUGCAACUUGCUGGUGGGUACUACACCGACAGUCUCGCCAUUCUCUCCGACGCUGCCCACGUCCUGUCCGACGUGGCGAGUUUCCUCGUCUCGCUCUUUGCCCUGUACUUGGGGCAAUUACCACCGUCGGCGACGAUGCCAUUUGGCUACCAUCGAGCAGAAGUGAUUGGCGCGCUCUUGAGCGUGCUUCUCAUCUGGGUGCUGGCCAUUGGACUCUUGUGGACAGCCAUGCAGAGAGUGUACGACCAGGGGCGAGGAGGCGAGGAAGUCCACGCGGACGUGGUCGUGGAUGGCAAGACCAUGUUUGUUGUAGCCAUGUGUGGACUAGGGAUCAACCUCCUGUUGAUGAAGAUCUUGGGUCACGGUCACGGUCAUGGCCACGGCCAUAGUCACGAUAAACAGGACGGAGGUCAUUGCCAUGGACAGGAUGGACGUCAUUGCCAUGGACAGGAUGGACGUCACUGCCCUGAUGACAAGAGCGGGACGACGUCAAGUGCUCAGGAUCUCGUACGGACGCCCAUGUCGGCCAUGGCUUUGAUUGAUGGUGUGGAGAUGGAGCCCUUGGCAGCUGACGUGGAGAAGCUGGCACUGAAAUCGUCGGUGUUUGAGAACAUCAAUGUCCGGGCCGCGUACAUCCACGCUCUUGGGGAUUUCGUCCAGAGCUUGGGCGUGUGUCUCGCUGGCGGCUUGAUCUGGUACAACCCGUCGUGGCAAAUGGCAGACCCGAUCACGACCAUCCUGUUCUCGUUCCUCGUGCUGGCUACGACCAUUGGCGUGCUAACGCGCAGUGUCCACAUUCUGAUGGAAGGUGCACCGCCAGCACUGGAUCUGCGUAUCGUGGAGAAGCGCAUUCGAGCGCUGGCAUCGGUGUACGACGUGCAUGAUCUGCAUGUGUGGAUGCUCACGGAAGGGCAUUACGCAGCGAGUGUGCACAUUCUACCGAACGGGGAGCCUCGUAUAGCUCUUCGAGCAACUCAGCGCGUACUGGCAUCACUCGGCGUGCGUCAGCAAACUGUGCAGGUUGAAGACCCGACCGAUCGAGACUGGACUGAAGACUUGUACUGCAACUGGACGUCGCACUCGAACGUUGCGAUCGAGGCCGAGAGCAAGAUGUCCGUGCCGCGUGCUGGUACCAAGAAGGCGGCGCUCGAGCCAUUGCCUGGAUCAACAACUUUCGCCUAA